AUGCACUGUAUCUUCGCCAUACCUAUGAUAAUGUCGAGUAAAAGUCUAUAUCCAGAUCGUGUAAGCCUUAUAAGCACUGGCCCAUCGCCCUUUUCCUACGGCACAUACGGAAUAACAGUCAAUGGCAAGAUUCCAAGCUUCGAGCAGCACCAAGAAAUAUACAGAACAGAAACCCCCAAGAUUAAGUCCGGCAUGCACAUCAUUGCAUAUUGCUCAUUUAAAUUUAAUGAAGAGCUAUUAGUCAAGAUAGUUAGUAGACAUAUGACUAACCUGAGGAAAAAAUCACACCGUGAAUUAAAUGGAACAUACGAACAUCACACAACCUGUCUAAAUAACAUCAAGCAGAAUACACGAAUAUGGAGAAAGCUACAGAUUUUAUAUCUUAUAAGAGGAGGACUGUGUACUGAGCGAGCAAUAGUCAGUCUAGCCUACGAGGGAUUGAUAAGAGUCGGCGGAAUUUACAAUGGAUUUGCCCCUUCGAAUCAUCUCAAGGUUCCUUUGGUAACUACAGACAUUCCAGUAUCGAUGUGUAGGGCACUCGGUGAGUUCAUCUUUAUAAAGAGUAGAACUGAACCUCAUCAGCUUGGCCUUGGCUGGUAUCUAGGCUAUGUACAUCUAUUUCGGCGAGACUCACUCGAGGGCUUAUGGUACCCAGUCACCCAAGUUGGUCGCGAAUCGGAAAACGGCGAGAUACUCGCCAGGUUCUUGAUGGAGGAAAUAUUUCCGCAACUUGCUAGAAUAGCCCAGAAUCGAUUAACGGCUGAUGCCGAAAUUAUGAAGAUGCCCUCGGCGAAGCUAACUCGAUAUCGUUGCGAGGGCUUUAUUGGCAAAGUAAAGGAGUAG